GUUUCUCUAGUGGGUUGACCAUGGCUCCAACUCUUCUUUAAAUACUACGUGAUUCCUUUCUCUGUUUUAGGUUCCGAUGGUAAAUCAUCAUUGACGGCUUUGACCACUUGAAUCUGAAUCUAUAUAGCCAAUCUUUCUUCCAUUCUUUGUUCUUGUGCCGCUCUUCCUCGAUUUUACUUUGAUCUCAUUAAGUCUACCAAUCGUAGACGGACGAAACUCUGUUCCACUAUCUUAUCAUAUCAUAUAUAGUUGGGAGUUGGGAGAUUCCCUCUGCUAUUCUUUCCCACAUCCUUUAUCUGCCCAAGAUGCACCGAUCAAGCAGUCAUACCUACCAAACAACCGGCUCAAGAGGCUCGUCGAGUCACGCCAGCAGCAGUGCCUUCAGUCCGAAUGCCAAUCCUAACGAAGACUGGACCAAGAUAUCAGAUCUUGCCGAGCGGCGGCGUAUUCAGAACCGAAUUGCGCAGCGCAAUUACCGCAAAAAGCUCAAGCGCCGCCUAGAGGAUCUUGAGAAGAGGGCUGCCUCAGCUUCAGAAUCCCCAGAACGGUCCAACGAGAGGUCUGAAGCGCCGAAGAGUUCGCAUCCCACCAAGCCUCGUACUAGGAACUCUCGCGCUUCCAAGUCGAACGGGGAUGCCACGAGACGGGCUACAGCAGAGAGGAUCACAGCCUAUGAUGGUUAUGCAGCACAUGAUGACAGGGGGGCGAUGUUCUCCCAUCAAUGUACGCGCCAGCUCUCCGCAUCACCCCCGCCUGUGUACUCUUAUCCUUCAUAUUCCCACUUGGAACCCUACGGGCAGUCCCCAUAUGGACAGCCACAUCCCUAUCAUUCGAUCCCGAGUACCUACAGUGAGAUGUAUCACGGAGAGUAUGGGACAUCAGUGCCAUCUAUUCUCCCCGUCACAAUGACUACGACAGGCCCAGUCAAGAGGCCGCAUAUCUACGCGGACGAAGAUAUUGUGAGCCCUUUUAGCAUGAGCUAUGCAUCCAUGGCUGGCAUCGAUUUGUGUCCGAGUUCUCAACACCUUUCAGAGUCCAAUAUCCCUAUGCCGCCGCUGUCGCACGUUUGCAGCGAUGAUCACUCCUCCCCAUCGACACCAGCGGAGCCGCCCAAUCUGGCAUGCCCUCUUACUCCCGAGUCGGACCCGUGCUCUCCCCACUCGUACCCUCUAUUUUAAUGACGUGAUUUGGUUUGCUUUCGGCGAUGGCUCGUUGUAACGACUGGUAUGAUAAAUUGGGUUAUGUGCACCGUGGAGUUUUAUCUUGUUGGGCAUGGGAUGCCAUCUGUUUUCAAACAUGACAAGACAUAUGGCAGGGCGCAACUUUACAGGGCCUUGGGUUCGGGUGAUGUGACAGCUUGAUUGAUACAUUGCGGUUGGCGUUCCGGCUAUUAUGGGAGCUUGAUUAGUGGCCACGAUACAACCUUCCUCCUGUGGUCUCUCAUCAUUAGUGUUAUUAUUAUCAUUAUUGUGAUUUAUAUUCUCCUACAAUUCAUGCUUUCUUGACCUCAUCACAGACUACGACUUGAAGUUCCUUGUGUGUGCAUGUGUGUGCAUGUGUGUGUGUGUGUGUGUGUGUGUUUUUCUUCCCUCUCUUUUUCUUGGGGGUGAAAACCAUUGACAAUGGGGUCUCGACCAAUCGGUUCCUCUUUGGGUGUUGGUUGGCCUUAGGCUAUGUAUAGAU